AUGGUACCCUACUACAGGCAAGGCGCAGCAGGCAGUCUGCGUGUUACAGCAACUAUCAGUCUCAUCACAGCAAUGCUCAAUGAUGUCCAGAGUGGAAUUGCCACAUGGGGAUCAAGCUCGGUAUCGGGCAGAGCGGGAGAGAUGCUCCUAGAACGCACUGCUCAGCGACUUGAAGAAAUCAACAGCGAGCUUCAACGCUUCUUGGAACAUUGUGGAAAGGAGUCAACAGACAACAACGCAGUCAAGGCCAAGAAGCGGAAGUGGAUAUUGCAAAGCGACAAGUUGCAAAAGCUCCGUGAAAAGUCCAUGGACGCCAAAAUGAACCUUCAUUUUGCUCUUACUUCUCAAAGCAGGGGCCUUGUUUGCGAACAACCGUCAGAUUCAUCUUCACGAAUUAGCCCCAGUACUUUUUCGGGUGAAGAGAAAACUGAAGGGUCUGAGACUGAUGCUGCAGAGUCCGCUUCAUCGCUGGACAGUUCAACUGAAGCUCAGCUUGCUUGUCAUGAUGAUAGCAAAUUAUCAACAUAUGUCAGUACAAGCCAAUCACAGCAAAUCGCCCCCAUGAGAAAAAUUAGAUGUUCUAAGCUAUGUCGCUGCCGGUGCCACUCCAGCCAGAGAAGGAGUCGAAGAGCAAAUUGGACAGUCCCUUUCCUUGGAUCAUUGCUAGUCGACUACCGAUCAGCACCCGGAACUCAGCAGACGGCUUGUAGCGAUAUUCACUGCAGUGCAACCACCGAAUCCGUUCUUGAAUUAAAUUACUACUCACCGACAUGGCUAUGGAAAGGUAUGAUGUCUUUCGGGGCCUCGUAUCACAACGCGGCAGGGCUACGAGUCGCUCUACGCCCAAAGAGAGUGUUAUCAAGGACAGACCUGGUCAUCGCCGUUAUUGAUAGCCCCUUUGAGAAUUUCUGCGAUGCUAUCAGGACUGAAACCAUACGCAUCUAUCCAGAUGACGAAGUCGCGGUUCAAUUGAGCCUCAUUGAGUUCCUUAUACUUUUCAGAAGAUUCGACUAUGUAGAGUUUCUUCUCAAUUUGUGGAGGCAACUCUUGCCAGGGCAAAACUUUCCACGGAGCCUAUUGGCACACAUCAAGGAUGUACUCUUAACCUAUCAAGAUUUGCCUGGCCAGCUGGAGUCUUUGCUAGACCAGGUCUUGUCUUCGGCGGAUGAAGGUUUGGAAGAAACGCGUGUUUGCCAAGCUAUCAAGCAAGGCCUCGAUAUUUCCUUCAUCCGUCAAGCACUUGAAGACGAGCCCUGGACUGUCAAUGUGUGUGAUGUUUUUGGUAACCCGCCCCUUCACCUAGCCCUUUAUCAUCUAAGGGAUCCAAUGGACGUUCUUGAGCUCCUUAUUGGCAUGGGUGCCAAUGUUCAUCUCCGGGGCCUCUGGGGUCAGACACCGCUCAUGAUAGCCGCAGAAAGGGGUAAUUUGGAGUGUAUAUGCAUUCUAUCCCGGACCAAAGCGUCCUUAGAAGCGAAAGACUGGCUCGGUAAUACGGCAAUGCAUCGGGCUACCAUGUUUACCCAGUUUGAGGCAGUCCAGCUGUUGCUUGCUUCAGGCUCCCAAGUGACAGCUCAAAACCUUGACGGGGACAUGCCGCUACAUUUUCUUGGUGCCACUCAGAUUCAAGAUGAGCAAGUCGCACAAAAGACUCUACGACUUCUUCUUAAACACCAGGAAGCUGGUAUUGAAUCGCGGAAUUACUUGGGGCAAACCCCAGUCGUAAUGGCAGCGAUCACCAACAGAAUCCCGGCUAUCCGGCUCCUUGUAAACGAAGGAGCUUCUUUGCAAGCCAUUGACAAUGGAGGCUUCACUUUUCUUCACUAUGCUGCGUCAUUGUUCAACCUAGAAACUUUGCAGUACCUUGAUAGUUUGUACUUAUCGGGGAUCGAUCUCAAUCAUCACGACAACUAUGGGCGUACACCAUGGGAUAUCUUCCAGAUCGCCAUCUCUGUAUCUCCAGUGCACCUUGGCUCUUGUCGACGUCCAUUGAUUGCAGAGCAGCAAGCAUUUGUUAGUCUAUAUGAAGGCAUUCGCAAUAGGACAGCUGAGCAAGACAUCAGCCAGCUCGAGCAAGUUCUGCACGCAUUAUCACAGCAAGAAACCACCACUGCAUGCUCCCUGCUACACACUCUAAUCGAAGAGAAGCAAAAAUGGGCAAGUGGUCUUCACCAAUGGUAUCGGAUUCUUGCUAGGCAGGUACAAGAAGGGGAGUUGGAUACCGUCAUCGAGAGCAUCGUGGAUUACAUCAAGGAGUUGCGGGAACUGAUACAAAGCUCGGCCUGGGACCUCCCUUCCAGGCACGUGUCUCAACCAAAGGUUGGAGAGGUCCAAGAUCUUGAGAAGGAUUAUGAAAGUUCUGGAUAG